GUUGAAUCUCAAUCCAUCUUUCUAGUGGCUUAUUUAAAGCCACAUGCACAUAUCUCAUAUAUACCUGCAAGUUUCACAAUGCUUCCAAAGCUGUUCUUCACCAUUUCUACACUAAUUUCCUCCUUCACCUUCACUUAUUCUCACACCCAAUGUCUUCACCAUCAGAAAACCUUGCUGCUUCAGUUCAAGAACGACUUGAUAUUCGAUUCUUCUUUCUCAACAAAGCUGGUGCAGUGGAAUCAAACGGAUGACUGCUGCAGCUGGCACGGCGUGGCAUGCGACGCUGCAGGCAACGUCGUGAGCCUGCACCUCGACGACGAGGCCAUCUCCGGUGGCAUCGGGGAUUCAUCGACUCUGUUCAGACUCGCACAUCUGCAGAAACUAAACCUGGCCUACAAUAACUUCAACUCCACUCCCAUCCCAAGAGCUAUCCACAAUCUCACCUAUUUGACACACUUCAAUUUGUCAAAUGCUGGUUUUGGAGGGCAGGUUCCGGCAGAGAUCUCCUCGUUGAGGCGACUGGCGAGCCUCGAUCUCUCCAACGAUUACUGGGACAUCGACGAGCCUCUGAGACUGGAGCACCCAAACAUGGAAAUGCUACUCCAAAACAUGACAAGUAUUACAGAGUUGUAUCUUGAUGGCGUCUUUCUCUCAUCUCAUGAGAGGAGAAAAUGGAGCCAUAUCGUAUCAUCGUCUCUUCCCAACCUCACCGGCUUGAGCUUGGUCUGGUGCUCGUUGUCCGGCCCUUUGGCUAAGUCCUUUUCGCGUCUCCAUUCCCUUUCUGUUCUUCGACUGGAUUCAAACAAUCUGUCAGCUGUAGCCGCGGACAUGUUCAUCAAUUUCUCGAGCUUGACCACCUUGAGUCUUUUCAACUCGGGCUUGAAGGGCUCUUUCCCUAGCAAGAUCUUCCAGAUACCUUCUUUGCAGUAUCUUGAUUUAUCUGGAAAUGAAAUGCUUAGUGGAAGCAUACCACCAUUUCCUCAAACUGGAUCUCUCAAGUCUUUACUGCUGAGGGCCACAAAUUUCUCAGGGUCGUUACCAAAUUCAAUUGGUAAUCUCAGAGACUUGUCAGAGAUAAACUUGGGUGGUUGCAAGUUUACUGGCUCGCUUCCAUCUUCCUUUGCCAACCUCACCGAGUUAAUGUAUGUCAACUUGUCGUAUAACUUCUUCACAGGCUCGCUUUCUUCUGCGUUGUUUGGAGGUCUUCUGAAGCUCGUUCGUCUAGAUUUGCUGGCCAAUUCAUUCUCGGGUAAUCUUCCCCACUCUCUCUUUAGUCUCCCUUUAUUGGAGGAGCUCUAUCUUAGCCAAAACCAAUUUAUUGGACUUGUUGAAGAAUUUUCCAUUGUGAAUGGCUCUAACAUUGCUAUUUUAGAUUUGAGUAGUAAUCGACUAGAAGGGCCUAUUCCUGACUCUCUCUUCCAACUCCAAAGCCUCGAGUCUUUGUUGCUUUUUGGGAACUUGCUUAAUGGCAGUUUCCAACUAGACAUGAUUCAGAAACUUUCUAGUCUCACACUCCUUGAUCUAUCCGACAACAAUUUGUCAGUGCUCAUAGGCAACAUUAGCUCGAGUUCAUAUGGAUUUCCACAGCUAAACGAGCUGCGCCUAGCUUCGUGUAACGUGUAUGAUUUUCCCGAGUUCAUAAAACAUUCCGAUGAUUUGAGUACACUAGACCUCUCAAACAAUCGGAUUGGUGGGGAGAUACCUAGUUGGAUUUGGGGAACACAGCUUCAGUUUUUGUUACUCUCUUUUAAUCUUCUAACACAUCUGCAAAAGCCUUACCAUAUCCCUGCUUCUCUUCAAUUACUAGACUUGAACUCUAACAAGCUGAGGGGUGAACUGCAAUUCCUCAUUCCACAAAACACCGAAAACAUCAUCUCUAAUCUUCAGUACCUGUUACUUGCUAGUAACAAUUUAAGCGGCUCGAUUCCCACGUCUCUAUGCAGUGCCACAAAGCUCAGUGUUCUUGACUUGUCUGCCAAUAAAUUGAGUGGCAGUAUACCCCCUUGCCUUGUUGAGAACGUUGGAGUCGUGCUCGAUCUUAGGAAGAACAACAUCAGUGGUCGCAUCCCAGAUAAAUUUCCUCUCGGUUGUAGCCUACAAUAUCUUGAUCUCAACAGCAAUGCUUUACAAGGGAAAAUCCCAAAGUCCCUUGAGAGGUGCAAGUUGUUGGAGUUCAUGAACGUUGCGAACAACCUCAUCAACGACACUUUCCCAUGCAUAUUGAGCUUGCGUGUUCUUGUUUUGCACUCCAACAGAUUCCAUGGAGAGGUGAGAUGUCACAAGAGCUGGCCCGAUCUUCAAAUUGUGGACGUAUCUUCAAAUAAUUUCAGUGGAAGCUUGGAAUCGAUAAACUUGUCUAGUUGGAGGGGAAUGGUGUUAGACAGUGUGAGGUACAACCGUUUAACCUCUAAAGUUUUGAAGGUGUCAAGCUUCUAUAAGGGUGGGGUUAGAUUGAUCAUGAAAGGGCAGGCUGUAGAGCUUGUCAAGAUUUGGCCCGAUUUUACUGCCGUUGAUUUCUCUUGCAAUAAUUUUCAAGGACAGAUACCAAAUGCAAUUGGUGAUCUUAGGUCGCUUCGUCUUCUCAACUUCUCCCACAAUGCUCUUAGUGGAAGCAUCCCAAAGUCAUUUGAUCAGAUAAGGAAUCUUGAAUCACUCGACCUCUCUGAAAACCAACUAACGGGGGAGAUCCCAACUGAGCUUGCUGGACUUACAUUCCUUUCAGUCUUGAAUCUGUCCUACAAUAAGCUGGUUGGAGAGAUCCCAAAUGGCCGUCAGUUUCAAACAUUUUCAGCUGAUUCCUUCAAAGGGAAUCCGGGGUUGUGUGGUUUCAAUCUCAACAUAACCUGCAGUGAUAGUGAUGGUAGUGAUCAUUUGUCGCCACAGGUAGAUGAAAAUGGGGAAGAGAAGAGUACUGAGAUAGAGUGGGAAUACGUAUGUGCUGCACUUGGAUAUGUUGUGGGCUUAGGAAUCAUUGUGUGGCUACUUUUAUUCAGCCGAAGCUUCCGAGAGAAAUACUUUGGAAAAGUGGAAGAGGUUUUUGAAGAUAUAUGUGAUGCCCGAGAUAAGAGAAGAAGAAGAAGAAGACAGGCAAGAAGAGUAGUGAGGAAUCAAGUGAGGAGACAUUAGUGUUGGCAUUGCUAUUUAGUUUCUUUAAGGUGUGUAGUUCGCAUGUGCAUGUUUUUAUGUUGACAGUUUGGUCUGACAAAGACUUGUAAUAAACACUAUCUUAUUGAAUAUAUAUUUGGCAAUUUAAUAGAAACAAGGAAUUUAUCUUAAUUUUUAAAAUUAAGAGAAAUCUAUA